ACGGGACACAAUUUAAUGUAGUCAGCAGAAAUAAGUAACCGGGCAGGAGUUAGGAAAUGGUAUAUUCAAGACCUUAAAAAAUAGGGCAAUGCUGCAGGCACUGGCUUUAAUAUUUUAUAUAGCAGUAAUAAAUUAUUGCUUAGAAGUUGGAAACCAGCAGAAAGCAGCAGAAGGAUUAAACUUGAGCUAGAUCUCCAGUUCCUAAAAAUUAGCACUAUGACUGAUGGAGACUAUGAUUAUCUGAUCAAGCUCCUGGCCCUUGGAGACUCUGGGGUUGGAAAAACAACGUUCCUGUACAGAUACACCGAUAACAAAUUUAAUCCAAAAUUCAUCACGACAGUAGGGAUAGAUUUUCGGGAAAAGCGAGUGGUAUACAACAGCAGAGGACCAAAUGGAUCUCCAGGAAAAGCCUUCAAAGUCCAUCUCCAGCUUUGGGACACAGCUGGACAGGAAAGAUUUCGAAGUCUGACCACAGCGUUUUUCAGAGAUGCUAUGGGCUUCUUACUAAUGUUUGAUCUCACCAGUCAACAGAGCUUCUUAAAUGUCAGAAAUUGGAUGAGUCAGCUGCAAGCCAAUGCAUAUUGCGAGAAUCCAGAUAUAGUCUUAAUUGGUAAUAAAGCUGAUUUAUCAGACCAAAGGGAGGUAAAUGAAAGGCAAGCAAAAGAUCUGGCAGACAAAUAUGGCAUACCGUACUUUGAAACAAGUGCUGCUACCGGACAGAACGUGGAGAAGGCUGUGGACAUGCUUCUGGACUUGAUAAUGAAGCGUAUGGAGCAGUGCGUGGACAAGACACAGGUCUCCGACACAGCCAACGGAGGCAGCUCGGGAAAGCUAGAUUCGGCAAAACCGGAGGAGAAAAAGUGUGCCUGCUAAACAUCACCUCUAAACUGUGAGAACCAAUGAAAAUAUUUCAUCAGAAUAUGGCUGACCUACCACCAAAUUCAAACCAGCUCUCUUGAGCCAUGCACAGAAGCAAAGUUACAUUGUUUUAUUGGAUUGUGCAUUUUUCUCCAAAGAACUGGUUUAAAAUGAAAAGCUGUGUUUCAGUGAGGCUCUUGUGCUGAAAUGAUUCUUCCUGAUACAGUGCCAUCUUCAUGGAAAACUCUCCCAUGUCUCUUCCCCACUCCUUUUCCCCUAGCCCUCAUCUCUAUUUUUUUGUGUGAUCAGGAUACUGAAUAGAGGAAAGUAGCUUUAUUUUUUAAAAAAAAAGAGGGAAAGAACCUAUUAUCUGCAUACACUGGAUAUUGAAAUUAAAAUGGAGGUGGGUGGUUUUCUAGGUCUGUGCCAUUUUUCCACCGAAUCCUGUUUCUUUAUAAUUCUUAAUCUGCAUCAGGGACCAUGUGUUUUCUAAGGCAGAGAUACAAAAGAUUUUAUGUGGCCUAUUAAGAAAAACUUUAUCACUUGCACAGAGUAAGCAAUGCUGUGAAUCCGUCCUGAGUGAAUCACUGAGAUGGGGGGGGGGGGGGGGGGGUGUUGUGUGUGUGUAUUUUGGGUUUGGGGGGAGGAAGUAGGGCAUUGAAUUUGAAAAAAAAAAAAUUAUCAGGGAAUUGUGCAGCAUUGCUUGUGUUGCCAAUAAUCCAAGCAGGGAUUGGAGCGUUAUGAGAAAAAGUAUGGAGAGGGAUUCUGAUGCUGCAGGGACAGUUUAUAAAGAAGAGAGUAUAAUGUAUGGGAGCAGAGAUAAACUAUAUUUUAUGAAACAACUUCUUACCGUUAGCAAAAAAUACUCUCCCCUCCUCAACUUAAGGAAACUAUCCAUUUUCUUCUUUUUCUCUGGGUAACUGUAUAUCGCAGGUAGGACACAGGAAAGAACUUGUGGCUGUUUGCACUGCCUUAGAAAGGAACUGUAAACUCUGCUGUGCUGAGCAAGCCUCUAAGUUACCGCUACAGCUUUGUUGGGUCCUCUGUGCACUUAGGUUUUCAAAAGAGGACAGCUUUCUCAUAUUCUUAAAUUGUCUGCAAGAGGGCAAAGUGGAAAAAAGCAAUGUGGGGACUUGGAAUGACAGGAGUCCAGAAUAUGUGACUGACUAGAUAGAAGUGUGUUGCAGAAGUUUGCAGGUACCUCAGCACAGAGGGUAGAAGUUGCUCUGUUAGUGUGCUGCAGUGGAAGGGUGCAAUGCAAAAGAUCUCUUCUACGGGUGAAAGCAAGUUCUAGUGAAAUAGCAAGUUGCUUAUCACAAGCAAAGACAAAUACAGGAAAAAAAUAAAGAAAAAUACUAUAUUUAUAAGUAUAGAUCCUUUUCUAAACCAAGUUACAGUAUAUUUAUUAGUCUACCCUGUCCUUUUUUGUAGAGUAACUGUUCUGUUUUUAUACAGGUGGUAGUUAAAGGUCUAUUUGUGUUUAUUGUGCUUUAAGCUACUUCAAAAUCAUUUGGGGGCAUGCAGAUGGGGGGGGGGGAAGAUCUCUUUACAAGUCAAGCUUGAUUGGUUGGGUUGGCAGGAUUGCAGACUUUCAUGUAUUUAAAUGUUUUCAGCUUUGAUUGAUUCAAAAUUGCAAACUUUGUGAAUAGCAAGCUCAUAAAAUGUUUCAGUGCUUCCCAGAAAUGGAGAAUUUACCAGAUUCACUGCUGAAAAAAUAAGUUUUUUCUGCCCAGCUCCUAAAACAAUGUUUACUUGAUGAUUUGGCAUGUUAACAGGGCAGAUGGUACAUCCGUAGCAGCAGACCCAUUGGGUGAGUAACCAAAUAGCUGUGAUUACCAUGCCAGAAAUCUGAUUUGCAGACUGUAAAGAUUAUAUAAGUGAUAGACUAUACCUAAAGGCUAUAUAUAGUGUAUACUAUACAACCAGGUAUAAUGCAGGUCCUUUUAUAGGCUAUAAAAAAAAAAGCCCUAACACCUCAAGAGGUGGAAAAGCUGUUGUGGUAGUCAAUAGGUGAUUUCCCAGGCAGAAAAUGUAAGUAGACUGAUAACAAGCAGGCUGAUACUCAGAUAGGUUCCUCAGUUACCUGAGAUACCUAGACUGGAAGUUCAGGGUUUUCUUUGAAGUGAAGUUGUAUUGCUUUUUAGUAUGUAGCAUAAAAUGUAAACAUAAUUUAAAAAAAAAAAAGUAAUAUGUCUUGAAUUCCUGAAAAUUAUGAUCUGAGGAGCUCCUUGUCUCCCUUUCAAAGAAAUCUCCCAUUUUGCAGCAUCAGAUUUUUGUCUGUUGAACAGGAGUGAAAGAAGUUGCUAAGAAUGGUAAAUUACUGACAGUCAACCAAAGCGUCUUUCCCAGAGCAGCUGAAGUAUAGCUUGUCUAAAAGCUGUUACAAAGCUAAAAGUGACUUCAGUAGCAGACAGAUGAUUCAUACAAAGGUGUGUAAAAUCCCAAACCUGGCACUGUUUCAAAGCACCUUGAUGAAGCUCAGUUGCUUCUAUUUCUCUCUCCACCUGCUGAAACUAGCACUUUUAAAAUAAUUAAAAAAAGAAAAAAAAAAUACAGCAGUGUUACCCAGAACGGUGUGGUCUAGAGGAAGGCAUCGCCUAACCCUGCCAGUGAGCUUCAGUGACUGUGAAUUGUCAGAGCUGGCAGUCCGUUACCAGGGUGCUCUGUUCCAUAAGGAUACAGUCUCUGAAACUCUCCAGUGCCAAUGCAGCGAGCGCGUGGCCAGCCCUCGCAGCCCAGUGUCGCUGGAGGGGUCCGUUUAGGAGCGAAAGGGAAAUGACUGUAGUAAAAAUUCCAUUGCUUAGUUUGUAUUUAUAUACUUGCUAAUAUAAGAAACUGAUUAUUAUUCUGUGUUUUUAAAAAAAAAAAAAAAAAUCUAUGAGUGCACUUGAAACUGUUAUCCCAAAAGGGUUUUGCCAUCAAAACUUUGGAGGAAAGGAAGAGAAGUUUAAACAUGUUUCCUUUCCUGGUAGGUGGUAUAGUAGAUCUCAGUUAUUAAUUUAAGAAAAGGGGAACAUAAGUGAUUCUAAAUGGCUACUAACAGCUUUGUUGUUUAUCAGGUUAACUUUCUUUGCAAAAAAACUAGAUAAUGAACUCUUACUAAAAAUUGCCUUCUGUCCCCUCUCCGUCAUCAUUUGACUCUUGCUCCAUUUUUUCUUCAUAACUAUUCCUCUUAGAUUUCACGUGCCCACCAGCAGAUUCACAUUCUAAGUCCACUUGGCAAUGUCCGUUUGUCUUCCUCCGGUGUCACAGCUCUUGUGAACCCCCACUGAGCAACUGCAGCCCUGCAGAGAUGACUCAGGGCCACUCCUUGCUGCUGUGGUAGGAACUGAAAGCAAUAGCAGUUUUAAGGUUCACAAGUUUUAUGUAAUAUCUGGGAAAUAAUGGUAACCGCAACAAAGGACGGACACUACAAGGCGAUUACUCACAGUCUUGCCUGUAUGGAAAGGAACUUUUCUAUCCCAUGUGCUGGAAGAUCCUCUCCCAGGUGUAUCUGGUACCCACUUUCUGAUUGAAGAACUUUCCUUCACUUCUACUGCAGCUCUAAUGGAUCCCCUUAGGUAGUUUUUCCAGCUAGCUAGUUGCACAGUGAGCCCCUGCUAGCAGCCUGCUGGAAAAGAGCUGCUGAGCUGGCAGGGCGGCACAGCUGAGUCAUCCGUAUGGUGGGUAGUGCUGUCCUGUGUACAGGCUGCUGUGACGCCAAUGAGGCACGGCAUCGUGGCACAGAGCUUUACUAGUUCCAGCUCUUCUGACUGCAUUGUGAACUCCUGUAUGUAUACCUUGCUGGAGCCAUGUAUCUUACUGUUUUUACCGUUUUGUACUCCUGUUGCUUGAAGUGUUUCACUUUGACGUGUUCAGUCUGAGAAAUUCUUCCAGGACAUGGGCCUGGGAAGUGAAUUUGCUUUCACUUAAUGUCUGUGGUAGGAUAUAGCCUCAUCCCAUCCCACUAGAACUUGAAUCCAGACUCUGCUGUUGUGAAAUUUGAUUAUACAUAUUUGAAUUGGAAGCUAAGCAUUUGCUUUUGAGCACAAACACAGCUUGUUUGCAAGCCUGCUCGAUAGAUAUCCUGUAUCAGGGCUGGAGAGAGAAGGUCCUAUGAUACUUUAUCCAGAGUGAUACUAAAAAUUAAAUGUCAGUGCAGGUAUUCUAACCCUGUGGGCUUUCGUCUUGAAUAUCAGUCCAGGUACUGGUUUCUCGAGGUUUCUUUUUGUGUCCUUUUAGAAAUACCUUAUUUCAGUUUUCCAGUAUCCCCCCCAGUAAAGUGCUCUUGCUGCAGACUUUACUGCGCAGCGUGUGGUAAUUUCUGAACUGAACAUUGCUGUGCACUGACAAAGGUGAUGGUAAUAGCCAUCCUUCAGAGGUGUGACUUGUGGGAUCUUACGCUGAGAAUAAUUUUGGUUUCCUUUUCUCUCUGCAUAGUUCUGCCUGCCUUGUCUCCAGCAGCCAUCUCAGGCUGUGAUAUUUACCAAGACAGUUCAAGUUACCUGACCUCUUGUUGAAUCUGUUCCCUUAAUCCUCUUGGUGUAUCCCAGUUAACUAGCGUAUGCAGUGUAAUGGCGUUACACCUUGUCUCAUCGUUAGAGCUCAUUGUACUCCAUUCUUCUUCCUGAUCUACAGGUAUUUUUGUCCUCCCAUGUUUUAAGCAUGAAUGUAAAAAUGUGGCAUCAAAAGAUGUUAAUACACUAUACUAGAGUAGUGGUGGAGUGCUGACCUGUGGCUAUAGGCAUUACAGUGAUCCCCUUGUUCCGGCUCCUUCUGUUCGCCUGCAGCCUUUCGCUUGGUCUGUCUUGGUGUAAGAAGUGUGUCCCUUAUCCAUUGCCAAAUACUUGCAUUGCCAAAGUGUGGUGCCAAAGUCCGGUGUUGCAGCUCUGUUUAUGAACUGCCACAUGUAGUGAAUUUGGACUCUGGGGGUGUAAUACUCAGAGGAGUGAGGAAAUUUACGGUCAGCAGGCAAUGUCUUUUAAGCUGAUACUGCUGCUCUUACUCUGGCAUUUGUGCAUCCUUUGCUGACCCUGCCCUCACCUUCACCAGCCCCUCACCUUGCAGUAGUAGUGCCAGGACCUUUGUUAGGAAUGCAAGAAAGGAAAUGUGCUGUUGUCAAAUGGGAUUUUUUUUUUUUUAUGCCUACAUUGAAAGUACCUUUUUGGGUGUAGAGAUCACUCCAGCAGUGAAUUUACACUGCCUGUGUUUAUGUUAUGCCACUGUGGUGUCUUGGCCAGCCCUGCUGCUAGCUGGGCAAGGGGAGAGGCGAGCCAGUGCCAGGGCAGGGUCCUGGGCUGCUUUGCAUCCUCAGGAAUAAAACAAGUUACCUGCGGAGAUGGGUGGAGGGGUGGGGAUACCUAGGGCUGGCUGGAAAUUGCGGGACAGAAGUGGUACUAAAGGCAACAUGCUUUAAAUAAGAGAAAUGCCCUUAAAUGUUUACAGUGUUUAUCAGUGAGCCUGGUUUGAGAGGUUACUUAAGCUUGUGUGUAAGUGCUGGGCUGAAUUGAGUCUGAAGUGUCUCUAUGAAGUAAGGAGCUAUUGUCAGGGCAAAAUGAUGACAGCUAAAAUGGUGUAAAAUGAAAAAAAAAACGUGCACAGAAGGACCUACUCCAUGAGCAUACAGAUGUGAAUGAGCUUAUUUUUAUUAUUUUAUUUUAAAUAAUGUCCAGCCAUGAAGAAAAUUAUUCCAUUGACUGAAAAAGGCCAGGAGAGUAUUAAUGACUAUUCUUCAAUGCACAGUUGUUAGAUGCUUAAGCAGGUGCUCUCCAGAAGUCCUUACAGGGUCUGUUGCUGACAUGUAGCAAUACCUGUUCAGAGCCAUGAGAGCAUUAGAAAUGGCUGGGGACCAGGAGAUAGUGUGUGGCACAUCAUGUAUUUCAGGCUUCACAAUCGUUUAAGCUUCUGCUUUCAUUUUAUGAAAUGUUUUUAUCUGUGAUCAGCUAGUGAUGUGUGGGGUUUUUUUCCUUGUUCUAAUGACUCAUUUCCAAAGAAAAGCAUUUGGCAGGGGAGUGACUCUGCUCGGCCAGGGGCCCUGCUCCACCCUGGCACGUACCAAACUGCACUUACAGCAGCGGGCUGCAGCUCUGGGCUGCCCUUGCAGAGCAGCACAUCCUCAUUUCUCAGCCCCUAACUGAUGCAGUUUCCCCACUUCACCAUCUCCUCUUCCAGCCAGGGUGCUGUGGCACAGCCAGCUUAGAGCCCCAGCCAAGUCCUGAGCCUGGUGUCCAGCUCAGCACCUGCCUGCUAUGAGAAGUAGUGGCACUAAAGAAAACCAGUAGCAGGGGCUUAAGUAACUCCUGUCUUUUCUAUAGCCUUUGCCUUCUGUGGCUUUUUACAGACAUUUGCAAGAGGAAAGGUAUUUGUUUCACUUACUUUACUUUAAAAAAAAAAAAAAAAAAAGGAGGGUGUUUGUUUGGGUGCCUGAAACAUGCUUUUUUUUUUU